AGCAACAAUAUCUGCACGGUCUGAAAAGAAACAAGGCAGGAUAGGUGAGGGCAUCUUAUUAGAUGCACAUGGUGUGAUUGUGAUUCUUUUCUUUGUUAUAGCUUAAUUUGUUACAGCAUGGAGGUUUCUCUUUAGUUAAGGGUCGUCAAUUGGCUUUGGGAGAUUCAUUUCAGUAGUUGCUAGUCUGCAGCUUAUUUUUUAAGUAGUUUGCUGCUAGCUACCUGGCUAGCGACGUCUGCUUUUCGACAUUGUGAGUCCUCAGUCGAUUCUUGCUCGACUUUAGUUUGCUAAAUUGGUUACUUGAACGUCACAAUUGAUUUCAUGACUAGCUUGUAACAAUACAAUUGCACUAGUUUCUUGUUUUAUUUUGAAAACCUUACACAUUAGCAACACAUUCUUCAGACCAGCUUGGUUAGCCACUGUCCGCAAGAAAAUGUCAGCCUUUACUCAAGGAAACGCGCUUCAUGAUACCGAGAGAGUGCUCCAGAAUCAAGAAAACUCGCUCAGACUACGGGCUUCUAAAGGCAGAUCGGAAAAUCAAGAAAAUGUGAUCCCAAAGCCAACUAACAGAACUGUUUUGGGAGCCUUGGAAAACAAUCCACGCAGACUCCAGACUCAGCGCGGCUUAAAACAGGGAUUAAACCAAGGACUGUCCUGCAAAACAGAAGACAAUGGCCGGAGCUGUGCAGAAAAUGUGGCUCCAAAACAGCCGGCUUUCCAGAUUCAUGUGGAUGAGCCUGAUGGUGCCUGCAUCAAGAAACAAGUAUCUUCCAAGCGCAGCCCCGUGGACCCUUCUCCCCUAACACUAAACCCGACUGUAACACGUCUAAGGCAGCCACUCGCCCCUAUUGACCUACCUAUGGAUGUCAGUUUUGAGUCUGCUAUGGACAUGUCUGUUGUUGAAGAAGAGAAACUGCCCUGUGUGAAUGAAGUCACUGAGUAUGCUGCAGAAAUACAUGCACAUUUGAGGGAGAUGGAGGUGAAGUGCAAACCAAAACCCGCAUACAUGAAGAAGCAGCCGGACAUCACAAACAGCAUGCGGGCCAUCCUUGUGGACUGGCUUGUAGAGGUCGGUGAGGAGUACAAGCUUCAGAACGAGACCCUGUAUCUGGCUGUGAACUACAUCGACCGCUUCCUGUCUUCAAUGUCCGUAUUGAGGGGAAAGCUGCAACUGGUCGGAACAGCUGCCAUGCUGCUGGCUUCGAAAUUUGAGGAGAUCUACCCUCCAGAGGUGGCAGAAUUCGUUUACAUUACUGAUGACACUUACACGAAAAAACAGGUGUUGAGAAUGGAGCAUCUGAUCCUGAAGGUGUUGUCUUUUGAUCUGUCGGCCCCCACAAUCAACCAGUUUCUCACCCAGUACUUUCUGCACCAGCCAGUCAGCAAAAGGGUAGAGAGUUUGGCGAUGUUUCUUGGAGAGUUGAGCCUGGUAGAUACGGACCCCUCCCUGAAGUAUCUCCCGUCACAAACGGCAGCUUCUGCGUACAUUUUGGCCAAUCACACAAUCACCGGUGGAUCUUGGUCAAAGACGCUGGUUGAGGCCACUGGAUACACCCUGGAAGACUUGAUGCCCUGUGUGUUGGAUCUGCAUCAGACCUACCUCAACGCUGCCAAACAUGCACAGCAGUCUGUGAGGGAGAAAUACAAAACCUCAAAGUACCAUGAAGUCUCCGUUAUUGAACCCCCAGAGAAGUUGCAAUUAGAAUAGUUUUGAUCCCGGAUCCUUAUAAUUGUUUGUACAUUUAUUUUUCUACUAAAUGUUGCAUUUUCCAGGAUUUAAAUGACUGAAACCAUAGCCUUGAUUACUUGGGUAUGUGGUGAGAUUAGUGCUUUUUAAUGUGCAUUUUUAUAUGGCUGUCCUUAAGGACUGCUUUUAAUGCCUGAUUCAGCCAACAAGAAACUCGUAUGUAGUAAAUCAAGCUGUGGUUUUUAAAUGUUUUUGUAUGUCCCCCUCCUUUUUCGAGGCAAUCUCUGGACUAUUUAAGCAGCCUCAGAUUUUUCUUCCAUUUUUGGAAAUGCCACCUGUAAUUAAAUGCCCAGAUUUUUACAUCUAA